AUGCUGGGGAAUGCAAAUGACCUAGUGCGUGGCGCCAGCCACUCGUCUCACCCCAGUGGGUGUUCGUGUCUCGAGUGCGGCCACACCAACGCACGCCAGGGCGCGGUCUUGGACGCACUCGAUAUUUCACACACGAGAGCGUACUUAUUUAAGGGAUCAGAGGUGCCGUCAGCUGAUUUAUUCACGGCGCUCCUCGGCGGUACGGCGAAUGACGUGGACCAGGCUUCGGCGCGGAAUUUAACUGGCAAUAGU